AUGGCGGCCGUGGAUAUUCACCGCUGUCGCUUCGUGCCCUACCAGCCAUCCGCGAUCAACGCCGUUGCCUUUUCCCAUCCGAGAGCAAGAGACAACAAGCACGCUGCCGUCGCUCGACUUGCAGUUGGCCGAGCCAAUGGAGAUAUUGAGAUAUGGAAUGCUGCCGCGGGUAUUUGGCAACAGGAGCUCAUUAUUAGAGGUGGAAAGGAUCGCAGCAUUGAUGGCCUAGUCUGGGUCAACGAACCGGAUCAAGACCUCGGCGAAGGCCGCAUCCUGAUUGGCAAGUCUAGGUUAUUCAGCAUCGGCUACACCUCGACCGUUACCGAAUGGGAUCUCGAAACGGGAAAGCCCAAGAGGCAUGCGAGCGGCCAGCACGGCGAUAUCUGGUGCAUUGCUGCCCAACCCUCGCUACUCGACGAUCGAACAUCCUCUUCCGUCGACGCGCAAGGAUCUAACAAACUCGUCGCCGGUACUAUCGACGGCGAGCUGGUCAUGUACUCGGUUGAGGACAAUGAUCUCCGUUUCCAAAGAAUUCUUGUCAAGUCGCCGACAAAAAAGGCUCAGAUGGUCAGCAUUAUCUUCCAAUCCCGCAAAGUCGUCAUUGUCGGAUGUUCCGAUAGCACCAUACGAGCCUACGAUAUUGCUAAAGGGCACAUGCUGCGCCGCAUGACCCUUGGAUCUGACCUCGUUGGCGGUUCUAAAGACAUCAUUGUCUGGUCUGUCAAAUGCCUACCCAACGGCAACAUCGUCUCUGGCGACUCUACCGGCCAACUUUGCAUCUGGGACGGCAAAACCUACACCCAGCUACAAAGACUGCAGAGUCAUAAGCAGGAUAUUCUCAGCCUCGCCAUCAGCGCAGAUGGUAAUUCGAUCAUGAGUGGUGGCAUGGACAGAAAAACUGCCCUCUACAAGCAGAACCCUGGUGCUGGUCAGCGAUGGGCCAAGGUUUGGGGUCGCAGAUACCACGAGCAUGACGUCAAAACCAUGGCUACGUUUGAGCAUGCCCGCACCAGUGUUGUUGUUUCUGGAGGCCCUGACUCAAAUCUUGUCGUUGUUCCGCUCAAGGAGAUGGGACGCGAGCAUCACAGAACGGUCAGCGGUCUUCCUCACCAACCACCCCUUAUCAGUGCCAGCAAGGCUCGCUUCAUGGUGAGCUGGUGGGACCGCGAGAUUCAUCUGUGGCUGCUACCACAGCCUGCCUCGGACCUUACCAAGCUUGAUGGCGCCGACGACUACGACAUAAACCAAAACAGGAAAUUACUCAAAACAAUUGUGGUGAAAGGAGACUCGAAUAUCUCCUCAGCCAGUAUUAACGCUGGCGGCACCCUACUCAUUGCUUCGACUUCCACAGACGUCAAAGCCUUUGGCUUGAAACACAUCAACCCGACGAAACCGGCUGAUGUUACGCUUUCUUCGAUCGAAUUGCCGGAACACAUUACCAAGCUCGGUGCCAGCCGCGUACAAAUAUCGCCGGACGGAUCUUGGCUUUGUUUCAUACAGGACGGUUGUCGCGUCGUCAUCGCCAGCAUCACAUCCGAGUCGAGCAGCUACACAAUUUCGCAGUCCCGCCGUCUUCGCCGACUACACCGCUCCGUGCCCAAGUACAUACUCAAUGGUGGUCUAGGCUCAUACGAAAGAAACAUUACCCACAUCGCUUUCAGCCCAGAUUCGAAAGUGCUUGCGACGGCUGAUCUAGCUGGAUUCAUCGAUACAUGGGUGCUACGUGCUGCUGGGGACGAUACGGCUAACGGCCAUGCAAAUGGAGAUGAAGGUGACGACGCGUCAGCCGAUGACUCUGAUUCAUCAGACGACGACACCAAAAGUACCAAUACAAGUGAAGUUGGACGGUGGGCUCGCAACCCCAAUGCGAAAAUGAUGCCCAAACUGCCCGCAGCUCCGUCUGUCCUUACCUUCUCAGAUAGUGCUCCCGGGCAGGAGGGGGUGGAGGAUUAUACUCUGGCAGCAGUUACAUCAUCAUGGAAUGUCAUCGCAUUCAAUGCCCUGCAAGGAUCUCUGACUCCAUGGUCUCGCCGUCAUCCUCGUAAGGCUCUUCCCGGCCCCAUUCACGAUAUGCUAGACCUGGCCAAGGGCGCUUUUUGGCAAGGGUCCAGGCUUUGGAUUUACGGCAUCUCUUUUCUCUUCAUGCUUGACUUGAGUCAGGAUUUGCCUGUUGCGGACAAGGAUGCUGGUGACCAGCUCGUCCAGCAGGGCACAAAGCGCAAGCGAACAAACAUGAGCGGCGCUGGUGGUCGCAUGGCCAAGGAGGGCCUUAAACCGCAGCAAAUACGCAAAUAUGCGGCAAAUAAGUGGGAGAAGGUCGAAAUUGACGGGCCCAGCCCUAGCGGAGACGUGGAUAACGAGAGCGACGACGACAUGGUCGAUGUUGUAGACAGCGAGCUUACGCAACUUCGCGCCACAACCGACCUUGAAGCCCAAUCAGGAACGGAGGGCGAAGACGGACGGAAGAAGUGGUGGAUUACAUACAAAUAUCGCCCAGUACUGGGUGUCGUUUCUUUCGGCAAUCACGCGGACUCCCUGGAGGUGGCGCUGGUUGAGCGUCCGGCAUGGGAUAUAGAGACGCAGGAUAGCUACUAUGCUGGCGAAGAGUGGGAACGAAGAUAG